AACUCGGACGGGCACGCCCCCGCCGCCGCCGCCGCCGCCGCCUCCCUCCUAGUCCUCCCCGCAGCGGCAGGCGGUACCGGCCCCCAAUGGCGGCGGACUGGUCGUGGGCGCGCCGGGCGUGGGAGAAGUGGGCCCCGAAGCACGUCGGCCCGGAAGGGAAGCAGGUCCAGGCGGCGCUGCUGCUCAACUACGACCCGUCCGGGCCGUCGAGGCUCCUGCCGGUCAUAGCAGAGCAAGAGGGGACACGACUUACAGCUGUUGACAUGCAACCGUUCCUUGACUUUGUUAAGAGGGGUAAUAUGCAAACUGAGUUCUUCUCUAUCAGGACAAACCAAUAUUUGGUCACAUCAAUCCAUGAAAACUGGUUUUGCGCCCGUUGUGUCAACAGCACAAAGUCGGGAGGUGAAGGAGCUAUAGUUAUCCAGAUUGGAGCUUACUUGUUAGUCUCUAUGUAUGAUGGUUCUCUUGCUUCAGCUUCACAAGCAAUGGUGGCUACUGAUCAGUUUGCAAUCCAGUUUAUCCGGAGAACUCACUAAUUUCCUUUUCGUAUAGUUUGAUGAGUGAUGUUGACUUGUAAUUUGUUAUUAUUUGGGAUCAUAGUGCUAAAAUGCAUUAAGUGGCCUUAUGUAAUUCCUAAUGUCACUAUUUCCUUGGGUCAGUAGGUCUGCUAAUGUAAUACCCAAAAACUGGCUGUGAAACUGAUGUUCCUAGUGUGAAGUUGAAGAAGCUCAUGCUCAUAGGGGCAUGUGUAGUGCAGCCUAUUUCUA